UCUAAGAAACCGAUGCUUUCUACAAUAUGUCUAAAUACUGUUUCUUUCCAGAUUACCUACAACAUCCAGUGAAGUCAUGUCACAUAGGAGAUGUCGUUGAAAAUGAAUGUAACAAAUGUUUAUGCACGUCGAAGACUGUUUUUGAAUGUAACCCCGUCGAUUGCAAUAGAAACAAAAGUACGUAGCAAACUAACGACAACUUAUCCAUCAGACUGCAUGAACAUUUUAUAUGAAAGAGUAACCUAAAGACUUAACUUCACUUUUUUUCAGAUCAAAAAGAAGUAGAAUCAUCGAAACAACUAUGCUAUCCAAACCAACUUUACGUGCAAAACUUGAUAACCUGUAUUUGCACAAAGGACGGUAGAUGGCCUCACAAAAGUUGCCAGGAAACAUUCCAGUCGUUACCGCCAAGCAACGUGGUGAAAUACAAGUGUACCCCAGACACAUACGUCGUGAUCGACUGUAACGUCUGCCGGUGCGGGCCCGACGGAGAAAUCAUCGGCGACCGCUGUACGAGAAAUGCUUGCGAAGAUGACAACAAACGGAGAAUCAACAUGGGACCCAACAGCGUCUACAGCAGCUGCGAAAUCAAAAACUGGUACUCAUUAGCUCCCUGCCAAUUCUGCUUCUGCGUCAACCAAAAUAAACUUGUAUGCAACACAGGAAACUAUUACUCCAAAAAACUUGAACUUGGCUCUUAUAAUUUAAGAGUGUGCGGCAAAGACCUUAUAAGAGAAGCUAUAGAGCUCAUACCUGAUAACCAAAGGGUAUUGAGAUACGGUUACGCAGAAAAUGCAACAACCUUACCGGAAAGUAAAAACCGAGCCGUAACUGCAACGACCGAUAUGGUGAUACGCUUGCGAGAAGAUCAACAAUACGGGAUUGAAGUAAAUCGAGAAGGCAAUGAAAAUAAAACCCAAGCGCUUGGUCAGGACCAAGGCCAAGACCAAAACCAAGACCAAGGCCAAGACCAGGGCCCAGAUCAGGGACCAGACCAGGGAACAGACCAAGGCCCAGACCAAGGUCCAGAUCAGGGCCAAGACCAGCGCCAAGACCAGCGCCAAGCUCCAGCCCAAGCCAACGCAGUAGCCCAAGCUCCAACAGUCCAAGCUCAAAUGCCUCCGCCUCUUGUAGAUGAAAACAGCAGCUACGACAGAGAGGAAUAUUACUCGGAUUCAGAAGAAGUACCAAAGCAAGGAACAUCUAUUACAUCAGCUCCGACGGAAGCAACAACUGCAGCUGCUGCAAAAGAAACUGAAAAGGAAGAACAAGAAGAAUUGAGGGGCGCGAGCACAAUGUUCCCGUUCGAGGAAGGCGAUGAGAUGCUUAAUGAGAGUAAAAUGGAUAACACUGAUGAAGAUAAUGAUGAAGAUUCUAACGAAAUUGACGUUGAAAUGGGCCAGAACAGUACUCCCCCUGGAACACCUCAAAAUGGGCUGCAAUACAACAUGCACGCACUUAACGACGAAAACCAGAAACAGUUGAACGCUGAGCUUCAACAGAUGGCUCGGGAAGGGAAGUCGGGAGAGUCCUACCAGUACGUCGGCAAUACGUUGAAGAUUAACCUCCCUAAAGUACUGAACAAAGUAUUCCAACUCGCUCUGAGGAAGUCGAUGGUGUCUAUCAGCAACGAAACGAAGUGCGUUCCCGGCACCACGAAUAUGAAUGACUGUAACAUGUGCUUCUGUUUGAAGAAUAGCAAACUGCUCUGUACUAAUAACAGUUGUAAAGAUAAAGCGCAAUAAAGCUUUACUUCUUUUUGAUCCUUUCCUGAAUACUCGAACAUAAAAUUUG